UUUGAACCAGUGAAAUACUUUACAAUCAAUAACUCCUUCAACAUGUCGUCAUCAAAACCAUCGGUCACCUACACCCUCUUCUUGUACCGCGAGGAGCUGCAACGCCGUGAAGCCAGACAUUUACGUUUGAAUAAGACAAAAUUCUUGCUUACCGAUGAGCUGAUAUCGACGAGUGUAAGAAAUUUACAACAAUGUUCCAGAGCCGAUUUGAGAGCGAUUUCCCGUGAACUGCUGUUCAAAAAGAAACUGCAACGCAACAUUCGCCGCAUACACAAAUUGGAGAAGUUGGGCAUUCAAAACGCCGACCCGAAGUCACAGACAACGAAACUUUAAGUUUUUUUAUUAUUUUUAGUUUUAGAUUAUUUAUAUAGAUUUUAAAAAUGUUGAUAAUUUAUUUAGGAAUGUAGUUUUAAGAUUGUUUUGAGAAAUAA